AUGGGGACGCCGCUGGCGGCUCCCGGCUUGCUGCUGCUGCUCCUGGCCGGCACGGCGGGGCUCUGCCGGGCGCUCUUCUCGCUGCCGCUCCGAGUGUCCCACCCCGCCGCCCCCGCCGGGUCCCCGCCCGCCCCGGUGGUGCUGCGGCCGGCCGGCGGCGGGGAUGCCCCCGGGGCUGCGGACGGCUUGGCCUUGGCCUCGGAUCCCGGCGGCACCGUCAACUUUUUAGCCAUGGUGGAGAACCUUCAGGGGGACUCCGGCCGCGGAUACUACCUGGAGAUGCUGAUCGGGACCCCGCCGCAGGCGUUAAAUAUCCUGGUUGACACUGGGAGCAGCAAUUUUGCUGUAGCAGGUGUGCCUGAUCCUGAUGUCACAUCCUACUUCAAUCCCGAGCUGUCAAGCACAUACAGAUCUCAAGGGAUUGAGGUGACAGUGAAGUACAGCCAAGGCAGCUGGACUGGAGUGCUGGGCACAGAUGUCAUCACCAUGCCCAAAGGGCUCGAUGGCAGCUACACCGUCAACAUUGCCACCAUCCUCGAGUCGGAGAACUUCUUCCUGCCAGGGGUUAAAUGGCACGGGAUCCUUGGCCUUGCCUACGAUGCCUUAGCCAAGCCUUCGAGUUCUGUGGAGACAUUCUUUGACUCCCUCGUGAGGCAGGCAGCGAUCCCCAACAUUUUCUCCCUGCAGAUGUGUGGUGCUGGACUCCCUGUUUCUGGAAGUGGUACCAACGGAGGUAGUCUUGUGCUGGGUGGAAUUGAGCCGAGCCUGUACACGGGGGAUAUCUGGUACACACCCAUCAAGGAGGAGUGGUACUACCAGGUGGAAAUCCUCAAACUGGAGGUCGGGGGACAGAACCUCGAGCUGGACUGCAGAGAGUACAAUGCUGAUAAAGCCAUAGUAGACAGUGGAACCACUCUCCUUCGACUGCCAGAGAAAGUCUUCAGUGCCGUGGUGCAGGCAAUAGCUCGCACGUCCCUGAUACAAGAAUUCUCUUCUGGUUUCUGGACUGGCUCACAGCUUGCAUGCUGGGAUAGAACUGAAAAGCCCUGGUCCUUAUUUCCCAAACUCUCCAUUUACCUGAGGGAUGAGAACUCCAGUAGGUCGUUUCGGAUCUCUAUCCUACCACAGCUUUAUAUUCAACCCAUCCUUGUGAUAGGAGAUAAUUUGCAGUGCUACCGAUUUGGCAUCUCCUCCUCCACAAACGCUCUGGUCAUCGGUGCUACAGUCAUGGAAGGAUUUUAUGUCAUCUUUGACAGAGCCCAGAGGAGAGUGGGCUUUGCAGUGAGUCCCUGUGCAGAAGUUGACGGCGCUCCCGUCUCCGAGAUCGAGGGCCCUUUCACCACGGCGGACGUCGCCAGCAACUGCGUCUCCAGCGUCUCCUUCCACGAGCCCGUGCUCUGGAUCGCCUCCUACGCCCUGAUGAGCCUGUGUGGGAUCAUCCUGCUGGUCCUGAUCGUCCUGCUGCUCAUCCCACCCCGCUGCCAGCACCGCUACACGGACAACGACGUGGUCAACGACGAGUCCUCCCUCGUGCGCCACCGGUGGAAGUGAGAGGCUGGAUCCCAAAAAAAACAGACUUAAAAACAGGGCUGAGGACAAAGAGCUCUGCCAAGGGGAAGGAGACUAUGCCUCCUCAGUCCUUUCUACGUUCCUACAAAACGCUGUUGAAAAUUCCCACCAAAUAUCCUGCAUCGUGACUUUUAUAGCUUUAUUUUCUAACACCGGUUCUGAACCAAAGCACUGUUAACCACCUCUGAAGUGCUACGGUACUGGAUUUGCUACUGCAGUAGAAUGAGACUUUGUGCUCUCUACAGUACCUUCUUUAAAAAAAGAAAAACCUAAAAAAAAGUUUUAAAAAAAAAAAGAUAAAAAACCACACCAUGAUGUUCUUCCACUGUCUGAACAAAAUUGUCCAUCUCUCUUUCACGGAAAAAAAAAAAGGAGCUGUCAGUAUUUUCUAACUAAUCAAGCCCUGACUGUAGAAAAAGAGAAAAAAAAAAUUAAUAAUCUUUCUUAUUAAUUGCAUUAAAUGAAUACUCCUUUCUGUUUACAUCAGUUUAUUUUUGAAACUGUGCUUAUGGUGUGGGGGAGGGAGAAAAGUCAGAUUUAAGCAGCAGAGAAAAAGGAAGGGAGAUCGAGAAGAAAAGUUGGUUUGUCGUUUCUUUCCCUCAAGAUCACUGCUGCCACUUGAGAGGGUCGCCCUCCCUGAGAGCUGUAACAAAAUAGUCCAAGGUGGUGAAAACUGGGAAACAAACUUGUUCAGCCUUAGAGUAAAACAAGACUACCUCUCUUAAUUUACAAGGAUGCUACCACUGGUGAGUCUGUGGAUUAGAACUGGUCUUGAAGCACAAAGAUGCUCCAUACAACCAAAUGGAACUACUUGGCUUUGAAUUUUUUUUUUUUUUUUUUUUGGAUUUUAUAAAAAUUAAUACUUUGUGACUUUCCACUUUGGUGCACAAAAAAAAAAAAAAAAAAAAAAAAAAAAGAAGUAAAAAAGAAACCCUUUGGUUUCCACCCCUCAUAUGGGGUUUUGUUGGUUUUUUUCCUGAGUUUGACAUUUAGAAAAGGCUGAUCUGCAUAUGUAUGGACAGACAAGAAAGCAAGGUCUGUGUUCUGCUGUAUUUCUAGAGAGCAAGUAACAAAAAGAAAACAAAAUAAGAAAGACAAGGGUUUUUUGUUUUAAUUUGGCUGAGCUCAGCAACCUAUAAAUUCAAAGGAGGAGUACCUGUCUUUAUGGACAGGCUGUGAAGUGAAAGUCUUCAUGCUGGCUUGUUUUUCAGCUCGAGCAGUAGUUGGAGGUGUCCAGUUUGGCACCAGUCAAAUGAAAAGUGUGUGUGUGUCCUGCCUGGGUGAAAACAAACACGUGGUGGGACUGGAAACAAUAGUGAGAGAGAGCAGGGGAGGAUGUAUUUGACCAGGCUUCCACUCUGCAAGUGCAGGUCAUCAUGCUGAGGUCAGAAUGAGGUGUUUUCUUUGCAGAUAGGGCAAUUUUUCUUUUCUCUAGUCGCAGAAUUCUCUGUAACACUGGCCUAAGUGUUUGGAUUGGAAAGAUAGACAGUGCAAGGCUGAGGAUUUUUUAAUACAUAUAAAAAGGAAAAAGUAUUCCUUUGCAUUUUGAUAGCGGAGCAGUUCGCUGUCUGUAUGGGAAAUGAGGAAAAAAAAAAAAAGCUUAGCUCUGAAUUUCCCAAUCCCUUGCCUAGACAAUUUUCUGCCUAAAAUCCCUUCAUAUACCUCUGUGAUUCACACUGCCUCCGCAUCUGACUCUGCAUGGAAUAAGGAAAGAUUUUUAAAUUUUUUUUUUUCAGGAAUGGUGCAUUUACACAGGUGCACAUCAUGUGUGUGAAAAUAAAACACUGUGGGGUUUGAGGUUUUUUAACUAACUUAUGUCUUUCAUGUCAUAACUGGAAGUGCCUGUGGUUUUCUUUUCAGUUCUUGCACUUCAGAUUGCUUGGCUCAGUAGGGUAAAAUAAUUGAUGCUGUGAUCCAACAUCUGAAAACGAUUUCUCGUGAAAUUUGGAGUUGGAAACAGGAGGGAAUUUUGAGUUUGUCUCCUUCCUCUGCCUCUUAGUUUUCAAGAGGGGAAAAAUUGUGAAUUACAUGAAAUAAGCCAUAGAGCUUAGCUGUUUUCUCAGUGUUCAAUUUUCCAUAUCUCUUUCUUAAUAUCUUUUAAUUAAGAGUUCCACGUCGUCCCCCUGGGUUUGGUUUUACAUGUAACAAAUAACUUCAGAGUCGUAUUCCUUCUUUUUCCACCGUAUGGCAAUAGAAGUGAUGCUUCUGUCACUUGUUUCAAACAGAAACACGGUAUGGAUUUUGGAUGGACAGUAUUAAACAAUAAACCAUCUCCCAAUACAAGUGAAAACAACUUGUAUGCUCUUAAAAAGUUUCUUCACUUCUCCCCCUCACCUCAGAACCUCCUAUCUCCUCACCACAAAGAGUUUUAGGAAGGAAUUUAUUGGGAAAGGUUCUGAGUAGGCUUUUUUAAUGAGAUUUCUUCUGAGCUGGUGAGCAAAGUCAUCUUAGUGCACUGGAUUUCAUAUAAAAGUAUUAAGUAUCACCCUUUCCCUUUAAAUGUCAUUGGUCAGGAUAUUUUAAGGGAAACACUGGGAAGAAGAGGAGCAAUAACCAAGUAGCACAAAUGAAAUGCUGAUACAUUCUUGAGUUUUCCUGGCAUUCCUUCACACUAAAAAUGUGGCUCGUAGUAAAAAUGCUGUGAGUGACACCCGCGAGCAGCACAAACUUCAUCUGGGCUUGUAAAUUGAUACUUACACUGGCAGAAAUUCAGGUGAGCAUUGCUUUGUUGCUCUGGCAACAAGGAGAGCAAUGGAAGCCCUUGAGGGUUCAUUUUUAGCCUACAACACAUUAAGAAAAAUAAUGCUCUCGAGCAGUUUUGUAUGGAAGAUGAAACACAGCGACAGGCUACAGCAUAACCAAAUGUAGUCACUUGGUAACUCAUAGUGGUCUCUUUCCCUGAUAUAUUUCAAAAAAAUAGGUAUGUUGAGAUGUAUUAUGUUCCUGUUAACCAACUUCAGGUGUAAGAAUAAACCACACUUUAAGAAAAUAAAAAAAGGAGGGAAGACGAAUGAAAAAAACCCGAGUGUUGAGUAAAGACGAUACUGGAAAAAUAGCCUUUAUUUAUUAUGGAAGACAGGAUGCUCCAAAUCACGGUGCUCCAAACCAUCCCUUGUAAGAAAUACCAAUAUUUCUUGCUGACCCAGCUCUCCCCUGAUGGGAAUGUAACACCAUGUCCCAGGAAAGUGCCAGAAAGCUGCAUUCCCUUGGCCCCAGCCUUGCGGGUAAUUUGAUACCAUCAAAUCCCAGGUGCAAUCGCCAGGGAUUUGAGGGGGUGUGGUUUGAGUUCGAGUGGUUAAACCUGAGCCCAGCCCUGGGGAUAGGUCAAUUCUAUCCCGCUGCCUUCGCAAGUUUUAGAAAUAUUAUCAUGGGGGGGGGGUUGGCACAAUUUAAAUGCUGAGGGAAAGAGAUGAAGCAUUUUAAUAAGGCUUUUGUUCAGGUCCUGUAAAAGAAGUUAGGUGGAGGGGAUUGUUCAGUUUUUUAAGGUUUGAGUUUAGGAUGUGAAUGUUGAACCAACCUAAGUGCAGUGUAUCGAGGGGUUUUGGUAUCUCCUGUGCUCAGCAGCUGUAAAAUUUAUCAGCCAAAGUCAACCCAGUGCAGUUCCUUGUUGUGUAUUGGCUGGCUUUGUCUUACUGAAGGAUGAGCCAUUUGUUUACCAAGCUUUUCCUUUUAAAUAUUAAAAGGCUUGUGAGAGUUGCGUAGCACUGCGCAUUUCCAGAGAGGGAAAGAGAGAUCCAUAAAUUUUCCAGUAUUACAAAAUGAUUGCCCUGCUGGAAGUGGUUUUGAUUUCUGUAGGGGUUUCCAACAACUGGGCUGGUGUUGGUUGUCAUAUCCUCAUCUCAGAAACAAAUAUAAGUAGCAAUAUGAGCGGUGUAAUGAAGGGUGUUGGUACAGUGACCUAUGGAGAUGCAAUUAAAGGGAAUUACGGGAAGAAAAAUAAUUAGGAUGCCUUUAGCUUCAUUAAAAAUUGCAAGAGCAUAACAGAUUGCUCCUUUUCAGAAAAAGCUGUACUUUUUUACCAAGACAUUAGUUCCUGUCAAACUUGACUCUCUGAUUGAUAAAUUGUUCAUUUCUGGCUGCUGGAGUGCUUGCUGCUGUUGAGAGAAGUGAAGACAGGUUGGUAAUGGGAUACGAGCAAUCUUCUGAGCCAGUUAGAUUUGCUGGAUUUGAGGCUUAAUUGGAUGCUAAUCCAGGCUUGUGAGUAAUCCAGCAUCCUGCUCACAGCUCUUUGGGAAUGCUAGCAGAAAUACUUGGCUUCAGCCAAACCCCUGGGUGAGACAGAUACAAAACCACAAAAGCCACAGAGAGACAGCAGCUGCUGAGAAGCUGCUAUAGGUGCAACAUCCAACAGUCCCCAUUUCCUUUGGCAAGGGUCCACUUGCCCAAAUAUUUUGGAAACCAGCUCUCCAAGGUGCCUUUUGGUGCUACUGGGAAUUAUCCACUCCCAGGUGAAGACAGGGCACGAUCAUCUUUAGGUAGGAUCAUUGCCCAGCUGCUGAAUAUUCCCCUCUCCAUGUAACAGUGCACAUGAUGCUGUUUCUCACCCCCAGCAGCGGCAUUUGCAAGCAGCAGGGCAGGAAAUCAUAAAACAUGCUGACAUCAAUGACUGUGCAGUGGUAAUGUAAGAAUGGUUUGUAUUCGGCUGGAUCUUUGUGGUCAGGUAGUCUUUGAAAUACUGGGAAUUUCAGAUUAGACCAUGAAAGCACACACAGAAUUUCCUUUGAGCUAGCCAAAAAGUAAAACACAAAAGGUAAUUUUUAGAAUUU